AAUAUCCCACGGAAAAUGACGUCAGAUCACGGCAGACUUACAAUGAUCAGAACCAAUAAUGCGCGCCGGAGAAGGUUGAAGUACACGUGUCAGACGAUAAUGAAUUUAACCAUCACGGAAAACGGCAGCAACGGUAAUAGUAACGGCAACAGUCUUCUUCACGAAUCAAAACCAAACGAUGACUUAAUGGAGAUUUCGCUUUCAGAGAACGACGUUGUUUCAUCCGGUUUUGUCGAGAAAACUCGCGAUAAAAACGACGAUGUUCAGAUUUCAACGCGUAAAACGUCGACCUACGGGAUAUUAUCAGUUAUUGGUAGGAGAGCAGAGAUGGAAGAUGCGGUGAAAGCGGAAUUAGGUUUUAUGAUGAAAGGAGGUGUAAAGUUCGAUUUCUUUGGAGUCUACGACGGACACGGCGGAUCAAGGGUGGCGGAGAAGUGUAAGGAAAGGUUGCAUAAAGUGCUGACGGAGGAAAUAGUAGAGGAUGGUAAUAAUAAUAAGGAAGAAUGCGGGAUUAAUUGGGAAGGAACGAUGGAGAAAUGCUUUGAAAAGAUGGAUGAAGAGGUGAACAGAAGGACGUCGGGGGAGGAGAUGAUGGGGUCUACGGCGGUUGUGGCGGUGGUUGGUAACGGAAAGUUAGUAGUGGCGAACUGUGGGGAUUCUAGAGCCGUCAUAUCAAGGGGUGGUGUUGCUGUGGCCUUAUCCUUUGAUCAUAAGCCCGAUAGGCCGGACGAGUUAGAGAGAGUUGAAACCGCUGGCGGAAGGGUCAUAAAUUAAAAUGGAUAUCGUGUG